GGUGGGUAAGCGCGCGCACCGCCCGUCCGUCGUGGUUUCCUGGCUGCGCGCGGCGGUGGCGGAGUGGCUGCAGCUGUAGCAGCAGCCGCGAAGAUGGCGGAGGGGUUGGAGCGUGUCCGGAUCUCCGCGUCGGAGCUGCGAGGGAUUCUGGCUGCUCUGGCUCCGCAGGCCGGGAGCAGAGAAAACAUGAAGGAGCCCAGGCAGCGCAGAGAUAACCGGCGCCCAGAUCUGGAAAUCUAUAAGCCUGGUCUUUCCCGAUUGAGGAACAAACCUAAAAUCAAGGAACCUUCUGGGAGUGACGAAUUUAAGGAUGAAAUUAUUAACGACAGGGAUUCCUCUGCUGUUGGAAAUGGUACACAGGUCAUUAAAGAUGUCUGCAAGGAACUGGAUAACCAACAUCAAAAUGGUCCUGUAGACCCAGAAAAUAUUGGGGCACAGGAGUCCUUUCCUAGCACUUCUGGACAAGAGGAUCGAAGUCUAAGAAUUAUCAAGAGAACAAAGAAACCUGACAUGCAGAUCUACCAGCCUGGAAGGCGUUUGCAGACUCUUACCAAAGAAUCGACUGGCAGAGUGGGUGAGGAAGAAAUCCUCAACCAGGUGGAGCAAUUGAGAGUAGAAGAAGAUGAGUAUAGGGGAAAUGUGAAAGAGGAGGUCAUGAAUAAACCAGACAAAGAUGAGGCAGAAAAAGGCCUAAAUGGUGACAGAAUAAGGGCUGCAAAGGGAGAAAAAGGAAAGAGGAUUGAGAAGGGGGAGGGGAUAAAGAAAGUGACCGAUGACCUGGCACAGGGGAAGCCGGGUUCAGCAAAGCGCUACUCCCGCUCAGACAAACGAAGGAACCGCUACCGCACUUGUAGUACCAGCUCGGCUGGCAGCAACAACAGCGCUGAGGGGGCUGGCCUGACUGAUAGUGGAUGUCGCCGCCGCCGACAGGAUCGGACCAAGGAGAGGCCACGACUGAAGAAGCAAGUAUCUAUGUCCUCAACUGACUCUUUAGAUGAGGACAGAAUCGAUGAGCCCGAUGGGCCCAGGAGGAGCUCGGAAAGGAAGAAACAUUUAGAAAGAAGCUGGUCUGGCCGUGGGGAGGGAGAGCAGAAAAGCAAUGGGAAAGAAAAUCGAGGCACUCUUCGUGUCACUUUUGAUGCAGAAACCAUGAACAAAGAUUCCCCCCUCGUGAGAUCAGCCAGGGAGGAUGUGGAUAGGAUAAAGCUUGACAAAGGCCUGAGCAGUGGGGGCAAAGGCUCAGAGAAGCAGGAGUCCAAAAACCUGAAACAAGAACUUCGAGGCCGUGGUCGUGGCAUUCUGAUUCUGCCUGCCCAUACCACCCUAUCGGUCAGUUCAGCCGGUUCUCCAGAAUCUGCACCUUUGGGACCUCGGCUUUUAUUUGGAUCUGGUAGUAAGGGAUCUCGGAGUUGGGGCCGAGGAGGCACCACUCGACGAUUAUGGGACCCAAACAAUCCUGAUCAGAAACCUGCUCUAAAGAGCCAGACGCCCCAGCUACAUUUCUUAGACACUGAUGAUGAAGUCAGCCCUACCUCUUGGGGUGAUUCCCGCCAAGCCCAAGCAUCUUACUAUAAGUUUCAAAACUCUGACAACCCCUAUUAUUACCCCCGGACACCAGGCCCUGCCUCUCAGUAUCCUUAUACGGGCUAUAGCCCUCUGCAGUACCCUGUGGGCCCUACAAAUGGUGUGUACCCCGGGCCUUACUACCCAGGCUACCCAACUGCAUCAGGACAGUAUGUCUGUGGCCCCCUCCCUGCCAGCACCAUGAGUCCUGAGGAGAUGGAACAGCACAUGAGGAACAUGCAGCAGCAGGAGCUACAUAGGCUUCUCCGGGUGGCUGACAACCAGGAACUGCAGCUCAGCAACCUGCUCUCCAGGGACCGCAUCAGCCCUGAGGGUCUGGAGAAGAUGACCCAGCUCAGGUGUGCUGUGUUCCGUCCUAGAGGGACGUGGGGAGCUGAACUGCUGCAGCUAUAUGAGCGCUGUAUCCUAUUAGAUAUUGAGUUCUCUGAUAAUCAGAAUGUGGAUCAGAUCCUGUGGAAGAAUGCUUUCUAUCAGGUGAUUGAGAAGUUCAGGCAGCUUCUCAAGGAUCCAAAUGUUGAGAACCCCGAACAGAUUCGGAACAGACUUUUGGAGCUCUUGGAUGAGGGUAGUGACUUCUUUGAUAGUUUGCUUCAGAAGCUGCAGGUUACUUACAAGUUCAAACUGGAGGACUACAUGGAUGGUCUUGCCAUUCGCAGCAAGCCAUUACGCAAGACAGUAAAAUAUGCUUUGAUCAGUGCCCAACGAUGUAUGAUUUGCCAAGGAGAUAUUGCUAGGUAUCGGGAACAAGCCAAUGACACAGCAAACUACGGGAAAGCACGCAGUUGGUACCUAAAGGCCCAGCAUAUUGCUCCCAAGAAUGGGCGCCCAUAUAACCAGUUGGCUCUGCUGGCAGUGUAUACGAUCUUACCAAACUCCUCUCAAUAUGCCUCUAACAGAGAGCCUUGGGAGCAGGUAACAGCCCCUCGUAAGGAAGCUGAAUUGAAGGCGGUGGGGAGGUCAAUGAGGAGGAAGCUUGAUGCUGUCUAUUACUAUAUGCGCAGUUUAGCUGCCAGCAACCCUAUCCUGACUGCCAAGGAGAGUCUCAUGAGCUUGUUUGAGGAGACCAAACGAAAGGCAGAGCAGAUGGAAAAAAAGCAACACGAGGAAUUGGAACUGAGCCCUGACCAGUGGCGGAAAGGAAAGAAGUCUACUUUCCGGCAUGUUGGAGAUGACACCACUCGCUUAGAGAUCUGGAUCCAUCCAUCACAUCCCCGGUCCUCCCAGGGCACUGAAUCUGGGAAGGAUUCUGAGCAGGAGAAUGGGCUGGGCAGCCUGAGCCCAAGUGAUCUGAACAAAAGGUUCAUCCUCAGUUUUCUCCAUGCCCAUGGGAAGCUGUUUACCCGGAUUGGGAUGGAGACAUUCCCUGCGGUGGCGGAGAAGGUCCUCAAGGAGUUCCAGGUGCUGCUGCAGCACAGCCCCCCUCCUAUUGGAAGUACCCGCAUGCUGCAGCUUAUGACCAUCAACAUGUUCGCUGUGCACAACUCUCAGCUGAAAGACUGCUUCUCGGAAGAGUGUCGCUCUGUGAUCCAGGAGCAAGCCGCAGCGCUGGGCUUGGCCAUGUUUUCUCUCCUGGUGCGGCGCUGCACCUACUUACUUAAGGAGUCUGCCAAAGCUCAGUUGUCCUCUCCUGAGGACGAGGAUGACCAAGAUGACAUCAAGGUGUCUUCCUUCGUCUCGGACCUGAAGGAACUGCUCCCCAGUGUGAAAGUCUGGUCGGACUGGAUGCUCGGCUACCCAGACACCUGGAAUCCUCCUCCCACAUCCCUGGACCUGCCCUCACAGGUUGCUAUGGAUGUGUGGUCGAUGCUGGCUGAUUUCUGUAACAUAUUGACUGCGGUGAAUCAGUCUGAGGUGCCACUGUACAAGGACCCGGACGAUGACCUCACCCUUCUUAUCCUGGAAGAGGAUCGGCUUCUCUCGGGCUUUGUCCCCUUGCUGGCUGCCCCUCAGGACCCCUGCUACGUGGAGAAAACCUCGGAUAAGGUUAUUGCAGCCGACUGCAAAAGGGUCACAGUGCUGAAGUAUUUUCUGGAAGCCCUUUGUGGACAAGAAGAGCCUCUGCUGGCAUUCAAGGGUGGAAAAUAUGUGUCAGUGGCACCCGUCCCAGACACCAUGGGAAAGGAAAUGGGAAGCCAAGAGGGAAAACAACUGGAAGAUGAGGAGGAGGACGUGGUGAUUGAAGACUUUGAGGAAGAUUCAGAGGCCGAAGGCAGCGGGGGUGAGGAUGACAUCAGGGAACUUCGUGCCAAGAAGCUGGCUCUGGCCAGGAAGAUAGCCGAGCAGCAGCGUCGCCAAGAAAAGAUCCAGGCUGUCCUGGAGGACCAGAGUCAGAUGAGGCAGAUGGAGCUCGAGAUCAGACCCUUGUUCCUUGUACCAGACACCAAUGGCUUCAUUGACCACCUGGCCAGUCUGGCACGGCUGCUGGAGAGUAGGAGGUACAUCCUGGUGGUACCCCUCAUCGUGAUCAAUGAACUGGACGGCCUGGCCAAGGGGCAGGAGACAGACCACCGGGCUGGGGGCUAUGCCCGUGUGGUGCAGGAAAAGGCCCGGAAGUCCAUUGAGUUCCUCGAGCGGCGAUUUGAGAGUCGGGACUCUUGCCUACGGGCCCUGACCAGCCGUGGCAAUGAACUCGAAUCCAUCGCCUUCCGCAGUGAAGACAUCACUGGCCAACUGGGUAACAACGAUGACCUGAUCCUCUCCUGUUGCCUCCACUACUGCAAAGACAAGGCUAAGGACUUCAUGCCCACCAACAAAGAGGAGCCGAUCCGGCUGCUGCGGGAGGUGGUGCUCUUGACAGAUGACCGCAACCUGCGCGUGAAGGCACUGACGAGGAACGUGCCUGUGCGAGACAUCCCGGCCUUCCUCGCGUGGGCCCAGGUGGGCUGAGGGGGCCGCACCGGGGCCCCCCCCCGUCAUGGAACCAUUCCUGAGAGGCCACCAGGCGCCCAGUGUAGCACCGGCGAUGCCCACGUGCCUGAGCCACCAAUCCACCCAGACAAUAAACCAUCCUCUUCCAAUCCACGCUGUGGCCGUGCUGUGGGGGAGCUGCUCCUCACAGAGCCCCUCCUGAGGGUCGAGCGGAAGCUGCUGGGACCCUCCUGGGCUGCCAAGAUUUAGCAGGGCGGUGGCUGGCUGCAGUGACAGCAGGUGGGUGAGCCAGAUAGGCCGCCCACGGUCUCAGCCUUUCUCCCUCCCCCUGUCUAGUUCAAGGGCUCGCGGAAGGCCUCCUCAGCCCAGGGACUCGGCCACUUUCUCAGCUGGAGACAGGGCAGGGGGUUGCAUUUCCAUCAGGUGCAGGUGAAAUGAUCUUCAGAACCCCUGUGCUUCUCAUGAAUGUGUCCCAAGAGGCUUUGGUCAUGCCAUGAAGAGAAUGUGCAGGGUGUGUCUGAGGCCUGGAUUCCCUGAUGGAUCCCAGUUGGCUUCUGGACACCAUGUCCCGAACAGCAGCCCUAGGCCCCACCUUUUCUACCCCCUACCCCAAACACACAUCCAUUCUGCUGCUCUUCUCCCUGUCCUUCUCAUUCUGGGUCCAUUACACUUUGCCCCUCGUUCCCCCUUGGAUGGUCGUGGGUCUAUAGGAAAGGGACAUCUGGCUUCAGACUCCUGCUUCCUGGGUGGCAUUUGCCUUCUCCUCUCCCUCAUUGGCCUUCCUUUUGCUCUAGUUCCCAUUUCACGAAAUUUCUUCAGACUCUUCUCAGUUCCCCGCUCCUCUCUCCUCGCGCUCUCCUUCCUGAACCAUCUCCUUGGCCUCCUUCCCUUUCUAGUUGGUCCCUCUCACCUCCCCAAUCCCUUCAAAUUCUUCACCUCAGGUCCUUGCCAUGGGGAUUCCCAAUCUGAAUCGUCCUCCUCUGGUACCUCCUCUGGUACCUCUUCCUUCUCUGUGCCAGGAACCUAAUAAAGCUUUCCUGCCCUGACCCUCUUUCUCAGACCCCUUGUACUCUGAGAAACUUCCAGGCUCCUGCAGACCAGCCUGAGGGUAGGGUGGGCCAGUGCCUGAGAGGGGCAUCGCCUAGCCUGGAGUGUACACUGUUUCUAGCUUUGCCCUAGAAGAACUUGACACAGGGGCCUUUUGGCCUUUGAGGGUUUUGUUGCCUCUUUAGCUGGCACCUGUGUCCAGAGCCUCCCUUGAGGGGCUUCCUACUGGGAAUGGGUUCUCCCAACCCGGGGACAGGGAUGAAAGGAACUUGGAGGAAGACAGGACUUUGAGGAGGAGCCAGGAGUCCAUUUUGAUGGGACCAGAGAGGGAAUCCCCCAGAGCUCCCCUUCUGGACUGUACAGGCUUCCUAGAGGAUGGGAGAAAGGGCUACCCUCCCUGAGGCCCAAGAUUAUACCAGGAGGAGGGGGUACUGUACAGGAGAGCCACCAGUGGUUUGGGAGUAUGAGUCCCCCAAGGGCCUCAGAAGACUGGCUCUUUGGGGUACAGGGUCCCAGUCUCUUCUUUGAGAUCCUCUCCCCUGGAUGAAGGCCAAUGACUGGGUGGGUGGGAGACCCAUCUCUCCUUUCUGUCCCAUUUGCAGCACUGGUUUUGUUUCCUUAAUAAAUUUUUAGUUAUGAACAUGCC